AUGGGCCAACUAUCCGAGGGAGAGCUUGUCGCUCGCCGUCGCAGAAAACAUUUGCGGACCAAGCAUCCCACUGGAUGCACCGAUCAGGAUCGCACAAAGGCAAUUAACCAUGCCAUAUACGAGGGCACCAGGCUCCCUCAAUGGUUUAUUGAUCUCAGAUUCUACAUUGAAUUUCUUCAUCCGAAUUAUGGAUUGAGAUUUCCCCUGGCGUAUAAUAACAUGAUCCAGGCCAUUACGACCCAUCCCUCCACCACAAUACAAGCCUCUCACAGAGAUAAAAAGCUGAGAACUGGCGACUAUAGCCACAAAAAGCUUGCGCUUACAGCAGGCUAUAAUAUAGAGAGCAAGGUGCAGGACCCAGUGAAUGGGAAUUUGGCGGAUUUAGAGGCAGAAUUAGAAGCAGAAUUGGAGGCUGCAUUGAAGGCAGAACUAGAACCUGAACUAGAGGCUGAGCUGAGUGCAGGCGAUGACAAGAACGACUCCACCACUGGGCUGGUAAGCCCAGCACUCAGCAGAGCAUGGACCGCAGAUUACGAAGAUGAGGAUGAAGAUAAGGAGAGAUAUGAGGAGGUAGCUGAGGACGAAGAGAUCGAGUCUGAACCACCUAUAUCGCGGCCCUGCAACAUCAGCGCCAGAACAGUUGAUUUCAUCCCAGAACUCGACCUCAACAGCAGUGAGCAGGAUACCACGGGCGGCAAGGACAAGGAUGGCUUCGGUGACUUCGAAAAGGAGCUUGAAGCUGCCUUGGAGGACGAUGGCUUCGACGAUGAAGAUGACCAAGAGUCUGUUAUAUCCGUCUGCACUUCUGAUGCGGACACCAUCCGUGGAGAGCCAGUUGAAGAGCUGGUUCCCGCGUAUCGGGGUUUGGAUAAACGCAGUGGUGCAGAGCAAGUUGUGCGGGCCUGGUUGGUUAUCGGUAUUGCAGAGGAUGAGUGA